AGGAAGUAACUGAGGGUGCUGAGUCCGUAGAGGACGCAGCUGAGGGUGCAGAGUCCACAGAGGAAGCAGCUGAAGGUGCUGAGUCAGCAGAGGAAGCAACUGAAGGUGCUGAGUCCGCAGAGGAAGUAACUGAAGGCGCUGAGUCUGUUGAGGCAGAGGCGGCAAGUGGGGAAUCCAAGGAGGAGGCAUCUGAGGGUGGCGAUUCAAAGGAAGAAACCACAGAAUCGGUUCAAGAGGAGACCGCAGACAAAGAUGACAAAGAGGCAGUGGAUGAGCCUAUUGCAUCUGCAGAAUCGGCCGAGGAAGUGGAAUCGCAGGCAGAGGGUGAAGAAGAGAGCAAAGAAACUGAAGAACUGCCAGAGGAAGACUUAACAAUGGAACUUGAAAUUCCCGAGAAUCUAAGACCAAGACAACAUAUUGGACAUAUUCUUAAACUUGACGAAGAGUCGGCCGAAUCCGAGGUUGUACUGGAAAAAGUAACAGACGCAACACUACGAGAAUUAAAACGUCUUUACGACACUGCAAUCAAACCACUAGAGCUUCUCUACAAGUACCGCGACCUCAGCAACAGGCACUUUGGAGACCCAGAAAUAUUUUCCAAACCACUGAUUUUGUUUAUGGGACCAUGGAGUGGAGGCAAAUCAACCAUAAUCAACUAUUUGCUUGAUAAUGAAUACAAUCAGCUUUCACUGAGGACAGGUGCUGAACCAUCCCCUGCCUAUUUCAACAUUCUUAUGCAUGGCGAACGCAGUGAGAUUUUAGAUGGUACCCAGUUAGCUGCAGAUUGGACAUUCUCUGGACUACAAAAGUUUGGGCAAGGACUCUUAGACCGUCUUAGGGGAGUAAAACUCAAGUCCCCCCUAUUGGAAAAGGUAAACAUAGUGGAGAUUCCUGGCAUCCUGGAAAUCAGGAAGCAAGUGGAGCGCAUGUUCCCAUUCAAUGACGCUUGUCAGUGGUUUAUUGACAGAGCAGAUAUUAUAUUCCUUGUCUAUGACCCAUCUAAAUUGGAUGUUGGACCAGAGACAGAGGCUAUUCUUGACCAGCUAAAAGGAAGAGAGUACCAAACUCGCAUCAUCCUCAACAAAGCAGACCAGGUUAAACCAGAGGAGUUGAUGAGAGUACAGGGCACACUCAUUUGGAACAUCAGCCCGCUGAUGUCAAGCGCAGAGCCACCCAUAAUGUACUCCACUUCCUUAUGGUCAAUGCCGUAUGAGAAUGGAGCACCAAUCCGCUUACUGCAGGCUCAAGAGCAUGCAUUCCUACGAGACUUAAGAGAAGCUAUCAAUAAAAGAGUGGAUAACAAGAUAGCAAGUGCACGCCGUUUUGCUGUUCGUGUGCGUAAUCAUGCUAAAAUGGUGGACUGCUACUUGACCACCUAUUAUAACCACAAAUCAUUCUUUGGCAACAAGAAGAAGACUGCAGAUGAUAUUAUUGAACAUCCUCAGGACUAUCACAUUUAUGAAGGACUGAGUACUCUCACCAAUAUUUCUCGCUACGAUUUACCAGACCCAGAAACAUAUCGCGACUUUUUCAAACUCAAUCCUCUCUACGAAUUCCAACAAUUGGCAGCAACCUGCACAUACUUCAGAGGAUGCCCUAUUAACAGACUUGAUGUUGCAAUUGCCUAUGACUUGCCCGAAUUAGUGGGGAAAUAUAAGAUGAAUGUUGAAGACGCACUAGAGCAACAUGAGAAGAAACAACCUAAAAGUUGAGAUCAUAUAAUGAGGUGAAGAAGCCCAAGGACUAAAAGCCUUCUCUUGAAAAGGUGAGGUUUCGACUAUGAAUCAAAGUGACUUCAAUGUAUACUUUUCUGGCAUAAGACCUUUGCAAUUAAAUAAAUCUAGAAGUCACAAAGUAAUCUUUUUGUCAUAAAUGCAACUUAUACCAAGAUCUCUGUCAUUCAUGUAGUUUUUCUAAAUCAACAACAGAGGUCAAGUACAAGCUGAUAAAAGUUCAUUUUCUUUUUCAAGUUCCUUUUUUAAGCUUUGUAUGCUGAUAUAAAUAAUAGGAACUGCAUGUUAGACUUGUAAAUAUUUGAUUUUUGUUGUAAGUACAAAUGUGAUGUGAUACCAUUUACAAUACUGCGGGGUCCAUGCACACUUGUACAGCAUUUCUAAUUUUGUUUUUUUCCUAGUCAAAAAACUAAUAACACGUUUCAAAGGCAAGGUUCCUGAAUCUUCUAUGGGCUACAGGCCAUACGCCUCUACCCAUGUAAUAAGACAGAGUUGAAAACAGCUGUCCUUUGACAGCAAAAUGUGAUACCUUGUUGACUUAAUGACUGACCACUGACCAGUAGCCCGGCCAGUCUCAUGAAGCAUAAUCAAGUAAAAUCUUAUAGCAUGUUAUCUCAGGGCUUCAUUUUCCUUAGAAAACUGAGGCUUCUGAGAAGGUGCAAUAAGCUGGUGUAGUAAGCCAAGUGAGAAAAGCAACAGUCAUCAUUCCUUGACAGAGCUCUCCAGUGAAAAGCGUAAGUCUUAGCACCAGAUCUCAUUUUGUGCUGUAUAAAAUCAUUUUAAAAACAGAAAAAGUUCCAUAGAGUUUUGAAACAAUUUGGCAUACAGCAACUAAAUACAUGCUACUACCAAUGUGAUGAAUCAGCCUGAGUUAUAUUUGAGUUCAUUGCCAAACACUGGAAGUCAAAAACGUUUAAAACUCUGUGAAAUAAACAUGAAAUAAAAAAAAAAUAGCAGCAAAAAAUUUGUUAGCCAAAGUGUGAUGGGGCAAGUCAAAUGGGUUCAGCCCACUUACAAAAAGAGGAGUGCGCUAUUAUCCAUAAACGCUGGAGUAAGCUUGGAGAGCACUAACAACUUUCAAUCCCUUUGUUGGCAGGGUUUAACAUUUAAGUUAUUCUCAUGUUUCUGAUCGCAGUGAAUUAUUUAUGGAACAUCAAGUACCAAAGUGACAUGACUGCAUAGUAAUGAGGUAAUUUUUAAGAUGCUAUGUAAAUAAUUAUCAUGUCCAGUCUAAGGUUGUGAGAGGCAGGGCCAAAUGCUGUGAGUGUAAAUUAAAAAAGUAAUGUGUACAGGUAUGAUUUAAGAGAAGAAUUUUUUAAGAAAAUCUAAUAAAAAUCAAUAAAAGUCAAGAAA